AUGAGAAACAAAGAGCUAAAAGCAUAUGCAAAAAGAAAAGUGAUGAUGCUUAUAUGUAUUUAUUUGUUGGUGAUAAGAGCGGACGCAAGUGAAACCCUGGAGCCAGCUGUCUACGAGAAACAGCUGUUGGAUGCUAUCUCAAAAAGGAAAAACGAGAUUGAACUGCUGGAGAACCAGCUGGUGGUGAAAGGGUUUAAAGGACCAGAGCCUGUUGCAAAGGAAGAGAAAGCAGCGGAAAAAAAGAAAGCACAGAAUCACAAAGAUGUCUCUGAUUCUGAUCCAUUCUAUAGCAGCUAUUCGCACGGCGAGGAAAAAAGCACAGACAAUAAGAAUGCGAAAACUUCUCCAACUAGGGCAUCCUCUGAUAGUAAGAGAGAUGCAGCAAUGCACGCGCCCAGCAAAAGUAGCAAUAAACAGCAGAUGGGAAAGUCAUCUGAUUCAAGCUAUGACUCUGAUGAGAGCACAACCAAAGCAGAAAAGCCAGAAAAUGUGCACAAACAGCAGAACAAAGAGCCAAAGAACGCAAGCAUGCAGCCAAGCGGUAAAUCAGAAGAUGUGGACCAAUCAGAUGGAAAGAGCAGCGAAAAAGAGCCAGAACAAAAGAAAAACGAAGAUCUAAGCGCGAAAAAAGAGAAAAGUAAGGAAGACGUACGGUAUGCCUCUGCUGAUGGGAGUGAGGAUGAUGAAGAUACUUUAGUCUCUAGUCAUGCUCAAAUGAAAAAAAAUAGCACAGCACAAGAAAAUGACAAAGAGAAGUCUGGACAGCAUAAAGCAUCAGAAAGUGAAGCUGCUCAAAGUCCAGUGCAGAAGAGUGUCAUGGAGCCGUCUAGACAGUCUGAAGCUGAGUCUAAAACUGAUAGUGACAGCUUAUCAGAGACAGGGAAUGGAACAUCGAGCCAAACACAGCCAGAGCCUAAGGCUAAAAAAGAUGAUUCAGCAAAGACUGAUCAUGAUGCAGCUAGCCAACUACGAUCUGAGCUUAGUAAUGGUGAUGACAGUUCGUUAAAGUCUGAUCAUGAGACAACCAGUCAAUCUCAAUCUGAGUCUAAAACAAAUGACUCACCAAAGGCUAAAGAUGAAGAAAGAAAAUCAGAACCUGAGCCUAAACAAGAAACAAAUGAGUCAUCAAAGUCAGAUCAUGAGACAGCCAAUCAACCUGAGUCCAGAAAACCAGAAUCUGAGCCUAAAUCUAAAGAAGAGACAAAUGAUUUAUCAAAAACUGAAGACAAAGAGAGCAAAUCAGAAUCUAGCCAAGAAGCAAAUAAAACACCAGAAUCUGGCAGCUCAUCUGAGUCCAAUGGCUCGUCAAAAUCCGAGGAUAAAAAAGGUGCCCAAUCAGAUCCUGUCCAUGAGUCCAGUGCUGAACCAAAGCCCAGUGAUGAACAGCAAGGUGACCAAACAGAAAAAAAGAAUGGCACAGAGCCCACCAAUCACAGAGAAAAUAGUACAGCACAAGAUGGUGGCCCAGCAAAGUCUAUUCAGGAAAAUGAAAAAGUGCCAAGUGAUGAUGCGCAGACUGAACAGAACAAACAGCCUGGUGAUAAAAAAACAGAGCAAGAUGCAGUGUUAGAAGACGAACAUAAGAGUACAGAUAAAGAGCCCACAGCAAGCAGUGAAACUGAAAGCAAAUCUGAUGAAGAUAAGAAAUCCACACCAGCCAUCAAUGCAGAGCCAGAAGAAAAAGCAAAAGAAAACGAGAAAACAGAUGCACAGUCUAAAGAAAAAGAUGAAGCACAGGAAGCAGAUAAACAGACUGAUGCUGCAGCCUCUGGGCAAUCUCCUGGAGAUUCGAAGCUGAGAUUAGUGAAUUCUUUGGAGUGCGUAUCGUUUUCCAAAAUUCACAUAUGGGGGCUUACUCUUGACGAAGAAAUGAAAAUGAAAAUGGACAUAAAAGAUUUGCAACCCGUAAAAAGUUCGGAAAACGUAGACAUUGCCAAUUUCUUGCUAAAGCACAACCAGCACUUAUUCACAGAUAAGAUGGAUGCUAUUUCAGACAGUUUAUUCACAGAGUGUGCAUCAAGAGUUGUCUCUCUUACGAUUGAUCUGGAGACCUAUUCAGAGAAAGAUCUUCUGGCUUCUUACAACUGGAGUGUGUUCAAAAACCUCAAGGGAUUUGAGAUACGCGGAAAAGGAAUAGCUGAGCACCCAGACGCAGACGGCCCCAUAGUAAACGUCCUUUCAGAGAUAGAGAAGAUAUUCUCCAGUGAUAGCAGAAAAGAUGCGCAGAACACUUUGGUUCUCUCGCACAUGCGCAUUUCCAAUUUUGCAGACAGCUUGAAAAAAUUGAACAAAGUUGACUUGGUUUUCCACGAGGCCUCGUACCUGUUCUCGCUGAUGGAUAAAACAAUAGACGUAUUUGUUUCAGAAAUAUCUGCAAAUAUUAGCACUCUCACGCUCUCUCGGUUUGUGAUAGAAGAUGGAACUGAUUUGGUGGAUGAUCAUGCGCACAUUGCGACAAUAAAGACCAUAACGGUGGAAAAUUGCUCUGAAGGAAUGAUCAACAGACUUUUGCAGCACUGUUUCUUCAGAGCCGCUCGAACACACGUUUUGAGAAAUAACGAUCUCCAGAAUUUGAAGCAGUACGGACUUACGCCGUUCCUGUACCUGGAGAGUCUCGUGCUGAUAGGGGAGAAAGCGUUUACUAGGCUCGCAGUGGAAGAGAUCUCAGGCCUUCCCACUCUGAACUACAUUGCAGUCUUUGGAGAGAACAAAGACCUGACAGUUGACGCAGAAAUAUUUGACAGAGAAAAAACAAGAAUUCGGUCAUUUGGGAUCAGCACAGGAUGCAAUCUGUCAAUUAACGGCAAGAUAAAAGAAGAGUGGCUGGAAGGCACUCUGCUGAGAGAAUACUUGUGGAAGGACGAAAGAGCAAAUUGCAUCUUCGAAAUAGACAUAGGAGAGAAGCCAAAACAGACCACUAUGACCAUUCUGUCUCCAAGCAAAUACUUAGGCUACCCUGACAAGCUCUCUCUAGGGCCCAUCUUGUCAUCGCUGGAUAAAAGUAGCUCUCUUCCCGUCCAGAUGUACACAGUGUCAGAGAGCACAGCAGCUGGAGAGAACGAGGAAAAUGGAAACGAAAAAGUCCAGGAAAAAACAGAAAAUCUUUUCAAGUCUCUGGGGAUAACAGUGGCUCCUUCCUUUGUGUAG